UACAGUGGUCAAAACAUGGGAGACAUGGACCCCCACAUCUUUGCUGUGGCAGAAGAAGCCUAUAAACAGAUGGCCAGAGACGAGAAGAACCAGUCCAUCAUAGUCAGCGGGGAGUCUGGGGCUGGGAAGACCGUGUCAGCCAAGUAUGCCAUGCGCUAUUUCGCCACUGUGGGUGGCUCAGCCAGUGAAACCAACAUCGAAGAGAAGGUCCUGGCGUCCAGUCCCAUCAUGGAGGCCAUUGGGAACGCCAAGACCACCCGCAAUGACAACAGCAGUCGUUUUGGGAAGUACAUCCAGAUCGGCUUUGACAAGAGGUACCACAUCAUUGGGGCCAACAUGAGGACCUACCUCUUGGAGAAGUCCCGAGUGGUCUUCCAGGCAGACGACGAGAGGAAUUACCACAUCUUUUACCAGCUCUGUGCUGCUGCCAGCCUCCCGGAGUUUAAGGAGCUCGCACUAAGUAAUGCUGAGGACUUUUUCUACACGUCACAGGGAGGAGACACAUCCAUCGAGGGUGUGGAUGACGCUCAGGACUUUGAGAAGACACGACAAGCCUUCACACUCUUGGGAGUCAGAGAGUCCCAUCAGAUAAGCAUUUUUAAGAUAAUUGCUUCUAUCCUGCACCUGGGAAGUGUGGCGAUUCAGGCUGAGCGCGAUGGUGAUUCCUGUAGUAUAUCACCCCAGGACGAGCACCUCAGCAACUUCUGCCAGCUCCUGGGGGUGGAGCACAGUCAAAUGGAGCACUGGCUGUGUCACCGCAAGCUGGUCACCACCUCGGAGACCUAUGUCAAGACCAUGUCCCUGCAGCAGGUGGUCAACGCGCGCAACGCCCUGGCCAAGCACAUCUACGCCCAACUGUUCGGCUGGAUCGUGGACCACGUCAACAAGGCCCUGCAUACCUCCCUCAAGCAGCACUCCUUCAUCGGCGUCCUGGACAUCUAUGGUUUCGAGACAUUUGAAGUGAACAGCUUUGAGCAGUUUUGUAUCAACUACGCGAAUGAGAAGCUUCAGCAGCAGUUCAACUUGCACGUGUUCAAGCUGGAGCAAGAAGAAUACAUGAAGGAGCAGAUCCCUUGGACCUUAAUUGAUUUUUCUGACAACCAGCCUUGUAUCGACCUCAUAGAAGCUAAGCUGGGCAUCUUGGACCUGCUGGAUGAAGAAUGCAAGGUCCCCAAGGGAACGGACCAGAACUGGGCCCAGAAGCUCUAUGACCGGCACACCGGCAGCCAGCACUUCCAGAAGCCUCGCAUGUCCAACACGGCCUUCAUCGUCGUCCACUUUGCAGAUAAGGUGGAGUACCUCUCAGAUGGCUUUCUGGAGAAAAACAGAGACACGGUGUAUGAGGAGCAGAUCAACAUCCUGAAGGCCAGCAAGUUCCCACUAGUGGCCGACUUGUUUCAGGACGACAAGGACCCUGUCCCUGCCACCGCCACACCUGGGAAGGGGUCGUCCUCGAAGAUCAACAUCCGUUCUGCCAGACCCCCCAUAAAAGUUUCCAACAAGGAGCACAAGAAAACUGUGGGCCACCAGUUCCGCACCUCCCUGCACCUGCUCAUGGAGACCCUGAAUGCCACGACACCACACUAUGUCCGCUGCAUCAAGCCCAACGAUGAGAAGCUCCCCUUCCACUUUGACCCAAGGAGAGCGGUGCAGCAGCUUCGAGCCUGUGGAGUGUUGGAGACGAUUCGCAUCAGUGCAGCCGGAUACCCGUCCAGGUGGGCCUACCAUGACUUCUUCAACCGGUACCGGGUGCUGGUCAAGAAGAGGGAGCUCGCCAACACGGACAAGAAGGCCGUCUGCAAAUCUGUCCUGGAGAACCUCAUCAAGGACCCUGACAAGAUCCAGUUUGGCCGCACCAAGAUCUUCUUCCGGGCAGGCCAGGUGGCCUACCUGGAGAAACUGCGGGCCGACACGUUCCGGGCGGCCACAAUCGUGAUCCAGAAGACCGUCCGGGGCUGGCUGCAGAGGCUGAAGUACCGCAGGCUGAAGGGGGCAGCCCUGACACUACAGCGCUACUGGCGGGGGUAUCUGGCCCGCAGGCUGGCCGAGCAUCUGCGGAGGACCAAGGCGGCCCUGGUGCUCCAGAAGCAGUUCCGCAUGCAGAGGGCCCUCCGGGCCUACCAGAGGGCCCGCCGGGCAGCCGUGGUCAUCCAGGCCUUCACCCGGGCCAUGUUUGUGCGGAGGCGCUACCGCCAGGUCCUCCUGGAGCACAAGGCCACCAUCCUCCAGAAGUACGUGCGAGGCUGGAUGGCACGCAGGCGUGUCCGCAGGCUGCAGGGUGCAGCCAUCGUCAUCCAGUGUGCCUUCCGGAGGCUCAAGGCCAAAAGUGAGCUGAAGGCCCUCAAGAUCGAGGCGCGCUCGGCCGAGCACCUGAAGCGCCUCAAUGUGGGCAUGGAGAACAAAGUGGUCCAGCUGCAGCGAAGGAUUGACGACCAGAACAAAGAGCUCAAGACGCUGUCGGAGCAGCUGUCCACGUCCUCGUCCGCACAUGCCGUAGAGGUGGAGCGGCUGAAGAAGGAGCUGGCACGUUCCCAGCAGAGCCGCGAGGACACCGGCCCGGGGCUGCAGGAGGAGGUGGACAGCCUGCGCACCCAGCUGCGGAGGGCCCACUCGGAGCGCAGGGUCCUGGAGGAUGCCCACAGCAGGGAGAAGGACGAGCUGAGAAAGCGUGUUGCAGACCUGGAACAGGAAAAUGCUCUCCUAAAAGAUGAGAAAGAACAGCUUAACAACCAAAUCCUGAGCCAGGCUAAAGAUGAGUUUGCUCAGAACUCUGUGAAGGAAAACCUCCUGAUGAGGAAAGAGCUGGAGGAGGAGCGGUCCCGGUACCAGAACCUUGUGAAGGAGUAUUCACGGCUGGAGCAGAGAUACGACAACCUGCAGGACGAGAUGACCAUUGUGAAGCAAGCCCCAGGCCACAGGCGGAACCCAUCAAACCAAAGCAGCUUAGAAUCGGACUCCAAUUACCCGUCCAUAUCCACCUCUGAGAUUGGAGACACCGAGGACGCUCUGCAGCAGGUGGAGGAUGUUGGCCUGGAGAAGGCAGCCAUGGACAUGACGGUCUUCCUGAAGCUGCAGAAGAGGGUGCGGGAGCUGGAGCAGGAGCGGAAGAGGCUGCAGGCCCAGCUGGAGAAGAAGGACCUGCAGGACAGCAGGAGAGUCCAGGCGGAACAGCCGCAGACUGUCAUAGAUUUGGGCCCGGAUGCAGAUCUGGCCUACAACAGUCUGAAGAGGCAGGAGCUAGAGUCAGAGAACAAGAAGCUGAAGAACGACCUGAACGAGCUGAGGAAGGCCGUGGCCGCCCAGGCCGCACAGAGCAGCCCCGGCCACGGCUCCCACGACGGCUACGGGCUCCUGCUGAGUCAGCUCAGGCUGGCCAGCGAGGAGCUCGAGGUGCGCAAGGAGGAGGUGCUCCUCCUCAGGACCCAGAUCGUCAGCGCCGAGCAGCGCCGGCUCGCCGGCCCGAGCACGGAGCCAAACAUUAAUGCCAGAACAAGUUGGCCCAACAGCGAAAAGCACGUGGACCAGGAGGACGCCAUUGAGGCCUACCAUGGGGUCUGCCAGACAAACAGGCUGCUGGAGGCACAGCUGCAGGCCCAGAGCCUGGAGCAUGAGGAGGAGGUGGACGGUCUCAAGGCCCAGAUGGAGGCCCUGAGGGAGGAGAUGGACAGGCAGCAGCAGACCUUCUGCCAGACACUGCUGCUGUCCCCAGAGGCGCAGGUGGAUUUCGGCGUCCAGCAGGAGAUAUCCCGGCUGACCAACGACAACCUGGACCUUAAAGAACUGGUAGAAAAGCUGGAAAAGAAUGAGAGGAAGCUCAAGAAACAGCUGAAGAUUCACAUGAAGAAAGUCCAGGACCUGGAAGCGGCCCAGGCGCUGGCCCAGAGCGAGAGGAGGCGCCAGGAGCUCACCAGACAGGUCACGGUGCAGCGGAAGGAGAAGGACUUCCAGGGCAUGCUGGAGUACCACAAGGAGGAUGAGGCCCUCCUCAUCCGGAACCUGGUCACAGACCUGAAGCCCCAGACGCUGUCGGGCACCGUGCCCUGCCUCCCUGCCUAUAUCCUCUACAUGUGUAUCCGGCACGCAGACUACACCAACGAUGACCUCAAGGUGCACUCCCUGCUGACCUCCACCAUCAACGGCAUUAAGAAGGUCCUGAAGAAGCACAAUGAUGACUUUGAGAUGACGUCGUUCUGGUUAUCCAACACCUGCCGCCUUCUCCACUGUCUGAAGCAGUACAGUGGGGAUGAGGGCUUCAUGACGCAGAACACUGUGAAGCAGAAUGAACACUGUCUCAAGAACUUUGACCUCACAGAAUACCGCCAGGUGCUGAGUGACCUUUCCAUUCAGAUCUACCAGCAGCUCAUUAAAAUCGCCGAGGGUGUGCUGCAACCCAUGAUAGUUUCGGCCAUGUUGGAAAAUGAGAGCAUCCAGGGUCUCUCUGGCCUGAAGCCAACCGGCUACCGGAAACGCUCCUCCAGUACAGCAAGUGGGGAUGGUGCAUAUUGCCUGGAGGCCAUCACGCACCAGAUGAAUGUCUUUCACACGGUCAUGUGGGACCAGGGCCUGGACCCCGAGAUCAUCCUGCAGGUGUUCAAACAGCUCUUCUACGUGAUCAACGCCGUGACCCUCAACAACCUGCUCCUGCGGAAGGACGUCUGCUCUUGGAGCACAGGCAUGCAACUCAGGUACAACAUAAGUCAGCUUGAGGAGUGGCUUCGGGGAAGAAACCUGCACCAGAGCGGAGCGGCUCAGACUCUGGAGCCUCUGAUCCAGGCAGCCCAGCUCCUGCAGCUGAAGAAGAAAACCCCUGAGGACGCAGAGGCUAUCUGCUCCCUGUGCACCUCCCUCAGCACCCAGCAGAUUGUCAAAAUUUUAAACCUUUAUACUCCCCUGAAUGAAUUUGAAGAACGGGUAACAGUGGCCUUUAUACGAACGAUUCAGGCACAACUACAAGAGCGGAAUGACCCUCAGCAGCUGCUAUUAGACUCUAAGCACAUGUUUCCUGUUUUGUUUCCAUUUAAUCCAUCUUCUCUGACUAUGGACUCAAUCCAUAUCCCUGCAUGUCUCAAUCUGGAGUUCCUCAAUGAAGUCUGAGGAUAUGCAUUUCCAGCAUUAGCUUGAAAGAUGUAAAGUGAAUUCAAGGAUUUAUUAAAUCUGGUAAAAGUAGAUAGAGAUCAGCCUGUGGAGAGUGCUGAACUACACAGAAUAAGACACAACUAUGUCAUUAUUUUUUGAACCUACUUCUCAGAAUAAAAAAAACACUUGAAAUAUGGAA